GAAAAACGGAACACGCAAGCCAUCCACCCGCAUUCUUUUGCUAGCGCAUCAGGGAGCGGUUCCGGCGGAAAUUACUCGAGUGUUUGCGGACAAAUAUCUGGAUAUAAUGGCCAAAUUAGUUGGCCCGUUGCUACUGUUGCUGGUGUCAAUCGUCGUCGGAAGCGUUCGCUGCUCUUUGUCAUCCGGCUUCAGUGACACGUUCGACGAGGAGCUGCUCAUCAAACCACUACCGGAUGGGUUCAUCUACAGCUACUUCCAGUUUACGACUCGCUGGGAGCUGGACCGAAACGAUAGCCUCCUGCACACCCACUUGGUCUCCCGUUCCCUGGCCGAACUCUUUCUCCAUUACCACAUCGGGGAGCUGCAUUUGAGCUUCACCAGUGGCAUCUGGCGCUACGAACAGUGGGGCUUCCCGGUCAUCGAUGCCGGACCAGGAGCGGAAGUUUGGGCCUGGUUCGAUCCACCGGCGGACGAUGCUGAAGUGGACGCUCGCUGGAAGCAACUUUGCGGAACGCUUUCCGGACUAUUUUGCGCCUCGCUUAGCUUUGUGGACCAAACCAAUACCUUUAGGCCCGAAUUUUCUCUAAGACCGCAGACGUAUCGGUUUGCUGGUGGUGCGGAACCUAAAAUUCGCUAUGCUGCUUUGCCGAGGGAGGUUGUUUGCACCGAAAACUUGACACCCUGGAAAAAGCUGUUACCCUGCAAGUUGAGGGAAGGUUUUGCCUCUUUGCUUACACCGGAUCACGUUUAUUCGGGUAACUACCACUCGCUAUCGGUUCACAUGAGAAAGCUCUGUGCGGACAAAAAGUGUUCGGAGUUCCUAUUGGAGGUCAGGCAAAGUGUAAGCUUAGUUCAAGAUCAACGAUUAUUCGGAGGUAAAGAUUGGUCCAUUAGAAAACUGUACGGCCAAGGCGCUGAAGGAGCUUGUGUGCUGGCGGAUAGCAGUAAAGUCUAUGUAGAUGUCACCGAUCGAGACUACGACAUGACUCAGAAACCUACGAAUAUCGUACACUCAACAAGAGGAGGAUCGAGUUCCGUAUUCUACGAGUAUGACAUAAAGCAGUACGAGAAAAAGCAAAGAAUGUUCAAUGUAGCAGCCAUCGAUAAACGAGACCCCAAUAUCAUAUCGUUGACUCCACCACCUCCUAUCUACUCCAAGCGAUUUAUUUCCGGUGUAGGUCAGGAACGUGGCCGAAUAGUAACGAGAAUCACAAACGCCCACUGGUCCGAUUUAAACCUUCUCAUAUUCGAAAACAUUCCAUGGUUUGUUCCCAUCUAUCUUCACACGCUUAAAAUUACCACCAAAGACGACCACAAAAUCCACCCACAAACAGUCAAAUACAUUCCCGGUCGUCAACGAGAGCGCCCUUCGCAGCUGGAAAUCGCCUUCACUAUCCCAAAGCGCAGCACCGUCGAACUUUCCUUCGACUUCGACUACAUCUUCCUGAAAUGGCAAGAAUAUCCCCCAGACGCCAGCCACGGUUACUAUCUGCAACCAUCGAUCAUCUCUGUAAUGCUUCCGGUAGCACGCAACUACACUUCUCUCCCACGGGAGGCCUCCCUGCUUCGGGAUUCCUUCAACGCUAGUCAAGCCAACGGCUACUUCCUACAAAUCCGAACUGAAGCGCUACUGCUAACGCUUCCUAUCCCCGAUUUCAGUAUGCCGUACAACGUGAUCUGCCUGGCGUGUACCGUGGUGGCGCUCGCUUUCGGCCCGAUCCACAACAUCUCCACCAAGAAAAUUGUAGCCAAGAGCAAGGAGACCAAAGCUAAGCCGAAAAUGAUGGAUAAAAUAAAAGGAUUGUUUGGACGGAAGAAAAAGACUUGCACCGAGGAGACUGAGGAGGUAACGCAGCUGGACGAUAAGACUGCUAACGAUGAGCAUGCGCCCAAAGCCGAGUAAAGAUGAUUUCAGCUUUUAUCAAAGUUUAGGUUUAAGCUAUUUCUAACAAUUGGUAUUUAGUGAGUCGUUUCUAAGUCAUUAUUGAGUGAAAUACAGGAGUUUUAGAACUUA